AUGCCAUCGUUUGUUGGUAACACAUCAAGUCAAUCAAGUCCACCUUUGUGUUAUCCACCACCGAAGGUCGACAAAAGUGAAAACCAACAGGUGACACUAUGUGGUUGCAGGAAAGCGCCACGUUCUCAAUGUUUAUCAGCCAUAGGUGUUCUCAUAUUAGUGCUCGUGUAUACUGUGAUGGGAACAAUAUUGUUCGUAAGUCUAGAAGGUGAUUUGGAAGAAAUGGAUGGAAUCGAAACAGCUGCUUCAAAACCAUAUCCUAGAAAUAAUGACAUGAUUUAUGCUGAACUUAGGACGAGAACUGUAAAUCAACUAUGGUCAAUAACAGAGGAUUUAAACGUUCUCUACAAAGAUAAUUGGACUCGGUUAGCUGCUCAAGAAGUGAAGCAAUUCCAGGAAACGAUUCUUCAAGCCUUAAAGCUUUCACGUGCGCAACAAACACAGACUGCCAAACAACCUCCAACGCCCUAUAAAUGGACUUAUAGUUCAGCAUUUCUCUAUUCGUUAACAUUGAUUACAACGAUAGGUUUCGGUGGUAUCACGCCAAGAAGUCAAUGGGGUCGAAUUGCCGCUCUGCUUUAUGCACUUUUUGGCAUCCCAAUAGUUCUACUUUACCUCUCAACUAUGGGCGAAGGACUUUCAAGUGCAAUGCGAUGCAUUUUCAAACGUUUACGAUCUUCAUCGUCAUCGAAGAGUAGUUCAGGUUCGUCAUCAUCAAACUCUAACAGUUCAUCGUCAUCAACCACAACUCCUUCAUCAUCGACAGCAAAUAACAUUCUCGGUGAAACGACAAAUAACAAAGGUAAAAGUGUUGACGCUGAAAAGAGGCAAUAUGGGAGUUGGAAUCACAGCGGCAAUAGUUUACAGCCGCAGCAUUUCCAUAAUCCAUCGCUUAGUAACUACAACAACAACUACUUAUCAAACAGCAUAAGUACGGGUAAUCAUCAUAAGAAGCAGAAGCAGUCAGCUGUGCCCAUAUCGAUUUGUGUUAUGAUUCUCAUCUGUUACAUCACAUCAGGAGCAGCACUUUUCCAUGAGCUUCAGAAGUGGGGCGUGCUGGAAAGUUUAUAUUUCUGCUUUACCGCAUUAAGCACGAUCGGCUUUGGUGAUUUACAGCCAAAGGACGACAUUGGAAUGUAUGCUGCAAGUGCUUACAUUAUCGUCGGAAUGGCCAUCGUCGCCAUGUGCUUUAGUUUAAUACAAACGGAACUUAUAAUUUGGCUCCGAAAACCAAAUGAUUUACUGCUGAACGAUUACAACUCAUUGCCACGAACCCCUCGUAUCAAUAUUGGAACUGGCUUUCAUCGUAAUACGCCAGCACGUCGCUCAACCGGCAUACUUGAAAGCCAAAUGGAAUAUUUUGUACCGAGAAGUGUGAGUGAAUUUAAUUUGUCAGGCGUGGGCGAUUUAGCUCUUCCACCACCACCGAAAAGAAUUCAACAAACUAUUGUUCCCAUAACGCCGAUGACACAAACAACACUCUUAAGCAUUCAAAAACCUCGUGAAAAAAUGGUCACCUUUGAAGAUGAAUCGUCUAUGCAGAAAUGUCCGCACGGUGUGCCAACUACACCAUCAAGAAAAAGUGGUCCGCAAACUAUCAUCGGAGAUGUUUUCAUGUGACGUGAUGAAGAUGAUCGAAGUGAAUUGUCUUCGCCACUUGACUUUGACAAUGGCAAUGUGAUUAAAGUGUGAAAAGAGAUUAAUUAGAAGCAUGAAGAUAAAUAAUGAGGGUAGAAGACAAUAACAUAAUCGAAGAAAAAUGUCUACAUAAACAAACAUUCAUCUCAUUAGUAAUGGUUUACAACUUAAAUCAUUAAUCUUUUCUUCUUUUUUUUCUUCCUGUCGAAAAGUUCAAAGGUCGUUGUCGUAAUUUUGUCGCAUCCUGAAAGCAGUGAU